AUAGUCCUUGAAGCCGGUGCGGAAGUAAUGGCAGAAUUGAUGCAACACUCAGUGGAAGGUCAGGUUCUUCUCUCUCCGGUGGAUUUCAACACUUAACACUUCUCAAACCCACAGAGAGGAAAAGACUGCUGUCUCCACAUAGCAGCUGCUAACUUAACUGUAUGACAGCCCUGACGUUGCUCGGUAGCGAUAGCAGCGGUCAGACUGUGAUGAUGUCUGGGUCAAAGUGUACCCGGCUGAACGGAGCGCUGGUCAAACAAGUGCUGGACUCGGUGGACAGCGUCCUGUUUGACUGCGACGGGGUCAUCUGGAGGGGGGACCAGGCCGUCCCCGGAGCCCCUCAGGUCGUCAACCUGCUCAAGGAGAAGGGCAAGAAGGUGUUCUUCGUCACCAACAACAGCACCAAGACGAGGAAGAUGUACGUGGACAAGAUGUCCACGUUGGGGUUCAACGCUAAAGAGGACGAGGUGUUCGGGACUGCGUACUGCUCCGCCGUGUACCUGAAGACUGUCUGUAAGCUGGAGGAGGGGAGGAAAGUCUACCUGGUUGGAAGCGACGCCAUGAGACAGGAGCUGGAGGCGGUGGGGAUCCAGCAGACCGGGUUGGGACCGGACCACGUCUCCGGGAAGCAGAAGGACUGGGCCAACGUGGCUCUGGACCCCGAGGUGACGGCGGUCGUGGUGGGCUUCGAUGAGCACUUCAGCUACAUGAAGGUGAACAGGGCCAUGCAGUACCUGACCCAGCCGGGCUGCCUGUUCGUGGGGACCAACCGGGACACCAGGCUGCCCCUGGAGGGAGGCAAGGCCGUCCCAGGUACAGGCUGCCUGCUGCAGGCCGUGGAGAUGGCGGCUCAGCGCCAGGCCCAGACGGUGGGCAAACCCAACCACUUCAUGUUCGACUGCGUGGCCUCCAAGUUCGGCGUGGACCCCGACCGCUGCCUGAUGGUGGGCGACCGCUUGGACACGGACAUCAUGCUGGGCUCCAACUGCGGCCUGAAGACUCUCCUCACCCUCACGGGGGUCAGCAGCGUGGCGGACGCCGAGGCCCAUCAGAAGAGCGGCUGCGCGGAGAGGCAGGGGAUGGUGCCGGAUUAUUACGUCGAGAGCAUCGCCGACCUUCUUCCGGCUCUGCAGGGAUGAAAACUGCGGCGAGUCUGUCAGGACUGGAGUGUAGCUACGUGAUAGCCUAGCAGCUUUAAACCGGAGGAAUUUGGCUAGCCUGUCACACGCCAAACUCCAUUGUCUUCUAAAAGGGAAUAUUUUUUCAUUAAAGGUGCUAUUGAUAACAUUGCUAACAUUCAGCCACUAGAUGUCGCAUUCUCCCUCCUCUAUUCCACUGCAUUCACUUCACAACAGGUGGUUGCCAGUUCGUUGUAAAACUUACAUAUGAAGUGAAACUCAGGCAGACAUCAUGUAAAGUGACGAGUCUUUCGGGGUAGAGUAAUGAAGUCAUUUUUGCAACAUGUAGCUAUAGUUGGAGCUUGCAGAUCAGCUGUUCUCACGGCGUACACACUUCAUUCAAACUCGACAGAAACAAAAUUUAACUCACCAAAACCGUCUUGGUUAGUCUCUCAAACAAUCACCAACCCUGGUUCUAAACCCCCUCCGAUGCGCAUCUUCCUUAUACAUUGUCCGAUUGAACUAUAACGUUGGGUAACUGGACGUCACUAAUGCUAAGAUGCUAACGUAGCUCCUCGGGGAUUGAAGCUGUUAUUUUUCUUAUUAUGACAAUCUAACCGGUGGCAACACAUUAGUUAAGGUUGUAAGGACUCUGGUUGUUGGUAGUUGUUAGUUUUGUUUACUGAAUUGUAAUUUUAUGGGUUAUUGUUGUUCAGACGAUUAAGCUAAGACAGCUACUAUGCGCUAACGUGAGUUGUCACUUGUUAUCACGGUAAAUAUUCACUUAU